ACAUAACUGUUUAAUGUGAAUAUAAAGCGUGUUGCUUUGCGCAGACGUCACUUAAGUCUCGAACGACUGUGAGGACAGUCCUUCGCCGCGUAAACUGUGUAAAAAAAGUUGCAUUUAAGCGAAACAGGAGGCGUUUGAUAUGAAGCCAUUAUUAUUAGUUUUGCUGGUGGCAGUGGGGCUUUCAAGUGCACGGUGGUUACGCAAACAAAGGUCAGAUCAAAACAAAGAAGCAUGUUUCGUUGGCAAGGCAACGUAUGAACUUUCUACCACAAUGUUACAGGGAUAUUUAGAUGAUGACACAAAUAUCGCGUUUUCUCCCUUGGGCUAUUCCGCGAUCUUGGCUAUUUUGGCAGAAGGAGCGACUGGUGAAACUAGAAAUGAAUUAAUAUCAGCUUUACAUCUGCCCGAAGAUCAAAAUCUCACAAGGAAAACUUAUAAAAAUAUCUUAGAACGACUUAAAUAUAGGAACGAAUACAAAUAUAAUCAACCCGAAUUGAAAAAUUUCUUUUACAUUUACAAAAAUUAUACCAUCAAUGAAGACUACAAGAAGAUUUUGGAAGACUAUUACUUGACUGACGUUAGAUCCAUCGAGAGACAGUCUUCCAUAGGAGACUUUGAUUCGGAAGAAAAUGAACCUGAAAUGAAAGAAGAGGCUGCACCAAAAACAGAAGAAGUCUCCGAUCUUAUCCCACCUCAAGAAUCUAAUGAACAACUAUUUUCAUACGCUGUUAAAGAUACACCAGAAAAAGUUUAUAAACCAGCCAAGAACAUAAAAGAGCAAAUAAAGCUAGUAAAGACUAUUGAAGACAAAAAAGAUAAUGGAGAUGAAGAAGAGACUAUGGUCGCCGUUGAAGCAAGAAACCACGCUAGGAGCCUACAAGUUUUGAACCAAAAAAAUGACAUCGCUUCAAGCAUUUCUGUCAACAGUGUGGGUGAAAAAUCCAGUAAAUCUGUAAAUUCUCUGAUGCUUAUUUUCAACGGUAUGUACUUCCGUGGUUCUUGGAAGAAGUCAUUUGACAAGAUCGAACCUGGUUUGUUCUACAAAUCCAGUUCAGAGAAAAAGCUAGUUCCUAUGAUGAAGACCCGUGGCACCUUUUUAACUAGCUCACUGCCUGAUUUGGACAGUGAAGCUAUUUUAUUGCCAUACGACGGUGACCGUUACGCUCUAAUCCUUUUGGUCCCUCGUUCCCGAGAUGGUCUCGUCCGUCUUGUCGCUGACCUCCCAGACACUACACUAUCGGAAAUACAAGAGAGUCUUCGUGAAGAGGAAUUAGAAGUUUCUGUGCCCACUUUUUAUGUUGAGACUACUACUAAACCAGUCACUACUCUUGCUAAGUUCGGUGUAAGCAGCAUUUUCGGUCAUGAGGCUGAAUUAUCCGGUAUUUCCUCCAAAGAGGGUCUAUUUGUUCAAGAGCUGGUGCAAAACGUUGCCGUGCGUGUCGACAAUACAGAUGCCUCGGCUGCCUCGAUCUCAGCAAGCAACGCCGUUGGGGAUAUUGAAGCAAUCGAAUCUGAACUGAAGAGUUUACCACUAUUUGAAACCAAGGGACCUCGUCGUUUCUGCGUGGAACGACCCUUUGUAUUUUACAUCAUCGAUCGCCUAGAAGGACUUGUAGUUGUGACUGGCAAGAUCAUCGACCCUCAAUUACAAAAUGACGUUUAAACGUCAUAUUGGAAAACAAAUGGCAGAACUUGUCCGUAUUAUGCAUUAAAAUUUUAAAACGUGGCGGUCACGUCACGUAUCUUCCCGCCCCGACAAAUAUCUAACAUUUUAAACAAUGUAUAGUUUCCUUUUGCUGUGGGGUUGUUUAUGAAUAAUUAGAAACCAGAAGCAUUUGAUACAGAAAAAGUACACAGCGUAGUAUAAUCUUAAGUUAUUUAUUUUGUAAGAGUUGUGAUAUUUUAAGAAUAAAUUAUUUAUUAUGCUCAA